AUGAGCCCGUCGCCUAGUCUCGAGCAGUCGCAGCAACAGUCGCAGCAGUCGGCGGACCAAUCGCAGCGCUCCAACAAGCAUCAUAGAUCAUCCAGCGCUCCCUGCGUGCGUCCCAAUCGCGAGUUCGCAGGCGAGCCUGGCGACGGCGACGGCGACGUCGAAUCCGAUCGCAAGCCCGUCGUGCGAACAAAGCUGGAGCCAUCCGGGGAGGAAAGCAGCAGCUCACUCGGUAAUGGCGCGAUCGUUCCCGUCAAAUCUUCGCGAUCUAACGCGGAGGACCUAGCGGCCUUCGAACCGGUUAGCGUAUGGGGUAACUCGUCCUUAGAAGAAGCAGAUCCGGACAUCUGGCGACUUAUUCAGGGGGAGAAGCGACGCCAACGGAGCUGCCUAGAGUUGAUUGCGUCGGAAAAUUUCACCUCGCAGGCGGUUCUCGAGGCGCUAGGGAGCCCGAUGACGAAUAAGUACUCGGAAGGAAUGCCCGGAGCGCGGUACUAUGGCGGCAACCAGUGGAUCGACGCUAUGGAGAAUCUGUGCCGCGAACGCGCGCUCGCCGCGUUUCAUCUCGACCCGCAACGGUGGGGAGUGAACGUACAGCCGUACUCUUGCACGUCGGCGAACUUCGCUGUUUACACGGCGCUCCUGACGCCGGGAGAUCGGAUAAUGGGAUUGGAUCUUCCGUCCGGUGGGCAUCUGAGUCACGGAUUUUACACCAAUGGCGGGAAGAAAGUCUCCGGCGCGUCGAUUUAUUUCGAAACGCUUCCUUAUAAGGUGAAUCCCGUUACUGGAUUAAUUGACUAUGAGCGCAUGGAGGAGAAGGCGCAGGAGUACCGCCCGCGGCUGCUUGUGGUAGGCGGAAGCGCGUAUCCGCGCGAGUGGGAUUUCGCGCGGUGUCGCCGCAUCGCGGACAAAUGCGGUGCGAUUCUCAUGUGCGACAUGGCUCAUAUCAGCGGGCUCGUCGCGGCGCAGGAGUGUAACAGCCCGUUCGAUUUCGCCGAUGUGGUAACCAGCACGACGCACAAGACGCUCCGAGGGCCCAGAGGCGGACUCGUCUUCUACCGCCGCCGCCGAGGGGAAACCGCCGGGAAUAGCGGCAGCGCGUCGGCAGCAGCCGCGAACACCGCGCGAUGUUGUUGUGGAGGCAGCAACUGCUGUAAAAACGGGGCAGGGGGAAGCGGGGGAGGCGGAGGGGGAGGAGAGGCGGCAGCAGGGGGAGCGAGUGCUUCGCCGCCGCCGCCGCCUCCGUCGGCGCGGGUGCCGGUGUACGAUCUGGAGGACCGAAUCAACUUCGCGGUGUUCCCGUCCAUGCAGGGCGGCCCGCACAACAACCACACGGCCGCGCUCGCCGUCUCGCUCAAGCAGGCGGCGUCUCCCGCGUUCCGCGCGUACAUGAUCCAGGUGAAGCGCAACGCGAGGGCGCUAGCAGCGGCGCUUGCGCGGCGGGGGUGCCGAAUAGUGACGGGCGGCACGGACAACCACCUGUUGCUGUGGGACCUGCGCCCGCUCGGCCUCACGGGGGGGCGCUUUGAGAAGGUGUGCGAGGCGUGCAGCAUCACGCUCAACAAGAACGCCGUCUUCGGAGACAACUCCGCCCUGCCUGGCGGCGUCCGCAUUGGCACGCCAGCCAUGACCACGAGGGGGUGCAAGGAGGCGGACAUGGACCGAAUUGCCGACUUCCUCGUCAGGGCCGUGCAGAUAGCCCAGCGCUCGCUGCACUCCCAGCGGCUGCAGCUCUCCCUCUCGCCUUCCCCUGCAGCUGCCUCUGCUUCACCUGCUUCCGGAAUGCUCUCUGUUCCCAGUUCUAGUGGUGGCGGUGCUGCUGCUGGCCCUGCUGCUGCAGCAUUGGCAGCUGCUUCUACUGCUUCAGGCAGUGGUGGUGGUGGUGCUGCUGCUGGUCCUAUGGGGUCUGGGGGAAAGGGUGGGGUGAAGAGUGGGGGGCAGAUGAUUGGACGGAAGAGGCCGCGGAGUGGAUUGGGAGCAGUGGCAUGGGGGGCAGGAGCAGGUGGGUUGGAUCAGCUGGCUGAUUCAGCAGAAGUGCAGGAGCUUCGGGCAGCUGUUGAAAAGUUUGCGGAGAAGUUUGACAUGCCCGGGGAGAAGAUGCCGAGGAGAUGUGAUGAUGGCGAGGAGAAGCCGAGGUUGGGGGAUAGAUUGGCCAGUGAUGGACAGUAA